GGCUCUCGAAUCCACCAAUGGGCGCACAGGGGGAGCUUCCCGCCACCUCUGGCGCCCGCUUUCAAACAGCCGUACUUUGCAACUGCAGGCGGACUUCUCAACCAAGCUUGAGGAAGGCGGAGACUUCUGCCUCCUCGCUCUGCCCCGAGCCGGCACGGCUCCGCCCACCGGGCGAGCUUCUAGUCGGCGAUUGAAGGAGGCGAGUGCUCCUUAAGGGCCUCCGCCCCGUGAGUUCGGUUGUGACUAGGAAGGAGCUAGUGGACUAGAGCCAGGGUAAGGGGAUGGGCUAGAAGUUGGUCUUCCGCCAGGACUAGAGUUUCCUAGCGGUAACAGCCUCCGUGGCCUCCGGUAAGUUCUGAUCCACGGGUGGGCUUGGACCUGGGGUUAGAGGAGUUGCGGGGUCCUCGGGAUGCUGGCUGAGGGUUCCUGGGGGUGCUGACCUGCCCCCUCCCCAAAUCCCGCGGUGGUGGACUGCCCGUAUGUUGCGGGCUCAGCUUUUACCUUUAACGUGUCAUUUAGACCUCUUCAUUCCUCCAAUAUCCUACUUAGAAGUGACAUAUGGGAAGCCCGCCUCGUUUCCAGGCUGCUGGGGUCGCCCUGAGACCCUACUCUGCGGACCCCGCCUUGGUCACCCUGGCGUCACGCCUGGCUCACAGUAGGUGCUCUGUGCACGUGUGUUGACCGAGUACAAGUGACGCUGGCACCCGAAGCCAGCAGCCCCGGGCAUCCUGGGCCCCGUGCGGCUUUGGUCAUGUUUGUAGUGCCGUAGCUGACGCCAAACAGUUCCUCAAGGUCAUUCGGUCAGCCUGUGGAUGCUUAUUGUGUGUUAGCAUUACUCGCUCCGCUCUCUGGGCAACUUGAAUCAAUUUGUCCAAAGUGCUGUUAUUAGCACUGAUCACAAGAUGUUGCGAUCAUUUGUUUAUAUGUCUAUUUUCUUUCCCUCCAUCGUGUCCUGUUAAACUUUGUAAUCUUGAACAGUGCUUGGUAAAUUGUCGAAUGAAUGAAUAAGGUGCCUCCACCAGGUGUUGCAAGUCUAAACCGGGCUAUGUGCUCUGGCUGUUUCCAUUCUAGAAGGCGAGUUAUGUCAGCAAGAGGACCAUGUCAUUAGACUUUGGCAGUGUGGCACUACCAGUGCAAAAUGAAGAUGAAGAGUAUGACAAAGAGGACUAUGAAAGAGAGAAAGAGUUGCAGCAGUUACUCACAGACCUUCCCCAUGAGAUGCUGGAUGACGACCUCUCCUCUCCAGAGCUCCAGUAUUCGGACUGCAGCGAGGAUGGCACAGACGGACAACCACAUCAUCCUGAGCAAUUGGAGAUGAGCUGGAAUGAGCAAAUGCUGCCCAAAUCUCAAAGUGUAAAUGGCUAUAAUGAAAUUCAGAGUUUAUAUGCUGGAGAAAAAUGUGGUAAUGUCUGGGAAAAAAAUAGAAGUAAAACUGAAGACCGACAUCCUGUGUACCAUCCUGAAGGUGGAGAUGAAGGUGGAAGUGGUUAUAGUCCUCCAAGUAAAUGUGAACAGACUGAUUUAUAUCACCUUCCUGAAAACUUUAGGCCAUAUACCAAUGGUCAGAAGCAGGAAUUUAAUAACCAAGCAACCAAUGUAAUUAAAUUUUCAGAUCCUCAAUGGAACCAUUUUCAGGGUCCCAGUUGUCAAGGUUUGGAACCGUAUAAUAAAGUGACAUAUAAACCUUAUCAGUCUUCUGCCCAGAAUAAUGAUGGCUCACCAGCCCAGGAGAUAACAGGAAGUGACACAUUCGAAGGCCUGCAACAACAAUUUUUAGGAGCUAAUGAGAACUCUGCAGAAAAUAUGCAGAUUAUUCAACUUCAGGUUCUUAACAAAGCAAAAGAGAGACAACUAGAGAACUUAAUUGAAAAGUUAAAUGAAAGUGAACGUCAAAUUCGAUAUCUGAAUCACCAGCUUGUAAUAAUAAAAGAUGAAAAGGAUGGUUUGACUCUCAGCCUUCGAGAAUCACAGAAACUCUUUCAGAAUGGAAAAGAAAGAGAGAUACAGCUUGAAGCUCAAAUAAAAGCACUGGAGACUCAGAUACAAGCAUUAAAAGUCAAUGAAGAACAGAUGAUCAAGAAGUCCAGAACAACUGAAAUGGCUCUGGAAAGCUUGAAGCAGCAGCUGGUGGACCUUCAUCAUUCUGAAUCACUUCAACGAGCUAGAGAACAGCAUGAGAGCAUUGUUAUGGGCCUCACAAAGAAGUACGAAGAGCAAGUAUUGUCCUUACAAAAGAAUUUGGAUGCCACAGUCACCGCACUUAAAGAACAGGAAGACAUUUGCUCUCGUCUGAAAGAUCACGUGAAACAACUGGAAAGGAAUCAAGAAGCAAUCAAGUUAGAAAAGACUGAGAUCAUUAAUAGGUUGACAAGAAGUCUAGAGGAGAGUCAAAAGCAGUGUGCCCACUUGUUGCAGUCCGGGUCAGUACAAGAGGUGGCUCAGCUACAGUUCCAGCUGCAGCAAGCACAGAAGGCACAUGCUAUGAGUGCAAACAUGAACAAGGCUUUGCAAGAAGAAUUAACAGAACUAAAAGAUGAAAUUUCUCUCUAUGAAUCUGCUGCAAAACUAGGAAUACAUCCAAGUGACUCAGAAGGAGAAUUAAAUAUAGAACUCACUGAAUCAUAUGUGGAUUUGGGUAUUAAAAAGGUCAACUGGAAAAAAUCCAAAGUUACCAGCAGUGUACAAGAAGAAGACCCAAAUGAAGAGCUUUCAAAAGAUGAGUUCAUUCUGAAGUUAAAGGCAGAAGUACAGCGUUUGCUGGGUAGCAACUCAAUGAAGCGUCAUCUGGUGUCUCAGUUACAAAAUGACCUCAAAGACUGUCAUAAGAAAAUUGAAGAUCUCCACCAAGUGAAGAAGGAUGAAAAAAGCAUUGAGGUUGAGACUAAAACAGAUACCUCAGAAAAACCAAAGAAUCAAUUAUGGCCUGAGUCUUCUACUUCUGAUGUUGUCAGAGAUGAUAUUCUGCUGCUUAAAAAUGAAAUUCAAGUUUUACAACAACAAAAUCAGGAACUUAAAGAAACUGAAGGAAAACUGAGAAAUACAAAUCAAGACUUAUGUAAUCAAAUGAGACAAAUGGUACAAGAUUUUGACCAUGACAAACAAGAAGCUGUGGAUAGGUGUGAGAGGACUUACCAGCAGCACCAUGAAGCCAUGAAAACUCAAAUACGUGAAAGCCUAUUAGCAAAGCAUGCUUUGGAGAAGCAGCAGCUCUUUGAGGCUUAUGAGAGAACUCAUUUGCAACUGAGGUCUGAGUUGGAUAAGUUGAAUAAGGAGAUGACUGCUGUGCAGGAAUGUUACCUAGAAGUGUGCAGAGAGAAGGAUAAUCUAGAAUUGACUCUCAGGAAGACCACUGAAAAGGAGCAACAGACUCAGGAGAAGAGACAGCUGUUGGAGGAAAGAGAAGAAUAUGUAAGCAAACUGCAGGUGGAACUUGAAAAAAAGUACCAAGAUACACUUAUGAUGGAAAAGAGCAAGUGGCUGAAAGAUCAAGAAACUGAUAUUAAACAGCAAGUUGAAAGUGAAGUGAUCUUAGCAAAAGCACAUUGGGAUAAGGAACAGCAAGAGAUCAAAGAAAAACUCAUUCAACAGCUUGAAAAGGAGUGGCAGUCUAAGCUGGAUCAAACUAUAAAGGCAAUGAAAAAGAAGACCUCAGAUUGUGGCAGCCAAACUGACCAAGUAACCACCAGUGAUGUUAUUUCCAAGAAAGAGAUGGCAAUUAUGAUAGAAGAGCAGAAGUGCACAAUCCAGCAAAACUUAGAACAAGAGAAGGACAUAGCCAUCAAGGGGGCUAUGAAGAAACUCGAAAUUGAAUUGGAACUCAAACAUUGUGAAAAUAUUACCAAACAGGUAGAAAUAGCUGUGCAAAAUGCUCGUCAGCGAUGGCUGGGAGAACUACCAGAGCUGGCAGAGUAUCAAGCACUUGUGAGGGCAGAACAGAAAAAGUGGAAAGAACAGCAUGAAGUCUCUGUGAACAAAAGGGUAUCAUUUGCUGUUUCUGAAGCUAAAGAGAAAUGGAAGAGUGAGCUUGAAAAUAUGAGGAAAAAUAUACUUCCUGGAAAGGAAUUGGAAGAGAAGAUUCAUUCUCUUCAGAGGGAACUCGAGUUAAAGAACGAAGAAGUCCCUGUGGUCAUUAGGGCUGAGUUAGCUAAGGCUCGGAGUGAAUGGAACAAAGAAAAGCAAGAAGAAAUCCACAGAAUCCAAGAACAAAAUGAGCAAGAUUACCGGCAAUUUUUAGAUGAUCACCGAAAUAAAAUUAAUGAGGUGCUUGCAGCAGCUAAAGAAGACUUUAUGAAACAAAAAACUGAACUACUUCUUCAGAAGGAGACAGAAUUACAAACUUGUCUAGACCAGAGUCUUAGAGAAUGGACUAUGCAGGAAGCCAAGCGGAUCCAACUGGAAAUCUAUCAGUAUGAGGAAGACAUCCUGACUGUACUUGGGGUUCUUUUAAGUGAUAUCCAAAAGGAGCACAUCAGUGAUUCUGAGGACAAGCAGCUUUUGGAAAUCAUGUCGACUUGUUCUUCAAAAUGGAUGUCUCUGCAAUAUUUUGAAAAACUAAAGGGCUGCAUACAGAAAGCAUUUCAAGAUACACUUCCUCUGCUUAUAGAAAACACUGACCCAGAAUGGAAAAAGAGAAAUAUGGCCGAGCUCUCUAAGGAUUCUGCCAGCCGGGGCACUGGCCAAGGAGACCCUGGACCUGCUGCUGGACACCAUGCUCAGCCCUUGGCCUUACAAGCAACAGAAGCAGAAGCUGAUAAGAAAAAGGUCCUUGAAAUUAAGGAUUUAUGCUGUGGACACUGCUUCCAAGAACUUGAAAAGGCAAAGCAGGAAUGUCAAGAUCUGAAAGGAAAACUGGAGAAAUGCUGUAGGCAUCUUCAGCAUUUAGAAAGGAAGCACAAAGCUGUAGUGGAAAAAAUUGGAGAAGAGAAUAAUAAAGUUGUUGAAGAAUUAAUAGAAGAAAACAACGACAUGAAGAAUAAAUUGGAAGAAUUGCGAACACUUUGUAAAACACCACCAAGGUCAUUGUCAGCAGGGGCCAUUGAAAAUGCUUGCCUGCCAUGCAGUGGGGGAGCCUUGGAAGAACUUCGUGGGCAGUACAUUAAAGCUGUAAAAAAAAUUAAACAUGACAUGCUUCGUUAUAUUCAGGAGAGUAAGGAACGAGCUGCAGAAAUGGUAAAAGCAGAGGUACUGCGAGAACGUCAAGAAACCGCCCGAAAGAUGCGCAAAUAUUAUUUGAUUUGCCUCCAACAGAUUUUGCAGGAUGAUGGAAAAGAAGGGGCUGAGAAAAAGAUUAUGAAUGCUGCUAGCAAACUUGCUACAAUGGCAAAAUUACUGGAAACACCUAUUUCUAGUAAGUCCCAGAGCAAAACUACACAGUCAGCACUGCCCCUAACUUCAGAGAUGCUGAUUGCAGUUAAAAAAUCAAAAAGAAAUGAUGUGAAUCAGAAAAUACCAUGUUGUAUUGAAAGCAAAUCAAACAGUGUAAACACCAUCACCAGAAGUCUGUGCGAACAAGCUCCCAAGAGGAGGGCAGCUUGUAACUUACAAAGGCUGUUAGAGAACUCAGAGCAUCAGAGCAUAAAGCAUGUGGGAUCCAAAGAGACACAUUUGGAAUUCCAGUUUGGGGAUGGUAGUUGCAAGCACCUAAACAGUUUGCCAAGGAAUGUUUCUCCUGAGUUUGUUCCUUGUGAAGGUGAAGGAGGCUUUGGUUUGCACAAGAAGAAAGACCUACUCAGUGAUAAUGGUUCUGAAUCACUUCCACAUUCAGCUGCAUACCCCUUUCUCGGAACCUUAGGAAAUAAACCCUCACCUAGAUGUACCCCUGGUCCUUCUGAAUCAGGAUGCAUGCAUAUAACCUUUCGCGAUUCUAAUGAAAGACUUGGUUUAAAAGUAUAUAAAUGCAAUCCACUAAUGGAAAGUGAAAAUGCUGCAUCUGAGAAAAGUCAAGGUUUGGAUGUUCAGGAACCUCCAGUAAAAGAUGGAGGGGACCUUAGUGACUGCUUGGGCUGGCCUUCCAGCAGUGCAACCUUAUCCUUUGACAGUCGUGAAGCAUCAUUUGUACAUGGUAGGCCACAAGGAACUUUGGAAAUACCAAGUGAAUCUGUUAAAUCCAAACAGUUUUCACCAUCCGGUUAUCUUUCAGACACAGAGGAAAGUAAUAUGAUUUGUCAAACAAUGAAAUGUCAGCGUGAUCAAACUCCAUACCUGUCAGAAGAAACCACGUAUUUGGAGCCGGGAAAGAUCAGUGUGAAUUGUGGACACCCAUCUCAUCAUAAGGCUGAUAGAUUAAAGUCAGAUUUCAAAAAACUGAGCAGUACAUUACCAUCUUCAGUGUGUCAGCAGCCUUCAAGAAAAUUAAUUGUUCCGCUAUCUAGCCAACAAGAUAGUGGCUUUGAUAGCCCAUUUGUUAAUCUAGACUAAUUAUGGUACAGUAUUUAAGAAGAAUCAUUAAUAUAUUAACAAAAAUGGAAGGGAAGACCUCAUACUGAAAAAAAUUGUGAGCCCUGCCUCUUUUGAGAUGUUUUAAUAACAUCUGUUAUAUAAGUAAAGCAUUCUUCUAAAAUUGCUUGAGAUAUUUAUGUUGCCUUAAUAUUCCAAAGGCCUGAUGGUGUAUGUAUAAUCUGCUUUUGUGUGGUGCUUAUUUUUGGUUUCUAAACCAUCUAUUUUUAUACUUAUAAAUUGACUCACUCUGCAGUGUUAACUUAUUUAAAUAAACUUGCAUAUGGUCUGUA